AUGUCCGAGGAGCGUUCAGGAGGGCGUGCGCCAAGCAGUUCCAUAGAAUCUUCUCGGGGAUCGACGUGGAGGGAGAGAAGGCAGAAACGACGGGAGGAUAGGGAGCACCCCAGAGGAGAGGAAAGGUCCGGAUUGGGAGAAGGGUCGGCUCAGACACACCGAACGGUUUCAGGCGUCUCGGUGCAUCGGCAGUAUGAUGAUAGAGACCGAGAACUGGAGCGGUUGCGCAGAUUGGUAAUGGAUUUGGAGCUGGAAGCAAGGGGUCGGCGCCAAAAAAGGAAUCACAACCCCCGGCAAAGGAGAAAUCGGGGCGAGGAGGGCUCCAGCCGAUCUAGUACGCAACGAUUCCAAGACCGAUCACGCUCUCAAGAGUCACACCGGCACUCCCGGGAGACGCGUCAUCAGUGGGACCGUUCAUGA